AUGCAGAUUCGUUUAGCUACUGUUUCUGACGCAGAAGCAAUUGUACGUGUUCACUACAAUGCCGCUCACGGAUUAAGACCUGCAAACUUCUACACAGAAGACAUUUUAAACAGUUGGGCACCAUCACCGAGUGAUGAGUUUCGUAUCAAUCGAUUUCGAAGUAUCAUAGAGAGUGACAAAGAAGUCGUUGUUGUUGCUGAAUUAGACAACAAGUUAAUCAUAGGAUUCGGAGCAAUUAUCAUUUCUGAUCACGAGAUUCGCGCACUUUAUGUUGACCCAACGUACGAGCAUCAAGGUGUUGGCAGCAAAAUUUUGCUGCAUCUCGAAGAAUUAGCUUUGGCUCAAGGUGUAAAUAUAUUAAAAUUAGAAGCUAGUCUUAAUGCUAAGACAUUUUACAUCCGUCAUGGCUAUUGGGUAACACAGUACGACUAUCAUCCAUUGAGCUCAGGCGGUCAAAUGAAAUGUGUCAAAAUGAGCAAGCAAACGACACAAACGCUAGAGAACAAAGAAUAG